AUGUCUUUCCUCGAUCAGGUGAAAGCAUGGUCAACAACGGCACCAAGUUUACCAGAUUUGGAGUCCACUGAUUUGGAAUCAGGAAAACUUGUCGAGCGUGGCGAAGAUAACUUCGAGCAAUCAGGGCCAGCGGGUAGAUCUAAAUUGAGAAGGGGUUUAGCAUUAAAUGAUGCUAAAUAUAGAGGGACAAAGGUUUCUCGCAAAGAUAUCUUUGAUGAGUCUAGUAAACUAGGAGACCUUAACCCCACAGAAAGCAAUGAUGAGGAGAAUAGUGAUGAUGAAGAUGAGGGAGAAGAGGACGAAAGCGACAUCAGCGAUGACGAACAAAUAAAACUUGGACAUGGUGUGGAAGAAGACGACGACUUCUCCGGAGAAGAAGCGCUGGAGCAGUUACAGUUAGGACGAAACAAAACCAGAACUGAUGGCUCUGACGAAGAUAUAGAUGAUGAGGAAGAUGAUUUCGAUGAUGAAGAAGAAGAUAAUGAUGAUGAGGAAGAGGAGGAAGAAGAGGAAGACGAAGAUCAAGAAAAUGAAGACGGAGAACCUUCUGCGAAAAGAACCAAAAUAAAAGUAAACGAAGUUCUUAGUGAGAAAGAUAACGACAAAGAACUCAAAAAAGCCAACGAUGUUGCUGAUCAAAUUAAGCUUUGGGAUCAAGUGCUGUUUCUGAAAAUUAAGUUGCAAAGUGCCAUGCGGUCUUUCAAUAGGUUGCCUCGCGGUAAACAAGCAACCGAUCUUUUGGCUUUAGCUGAUGAAGACACGAAGCGUAAUUUCAAAUUAGCUCGUUCGAAUGUCAAGCAUCUCAUUCUGAACCUUUUGGACGCUGAGAAGUUGAUGGUUGAUGGAAGUGUUCAAUCGAAAGGUGCUUUAGAAGGGCUAAUGUUGAACAACUCUGAUGACGAAGAAAUUGAGAGUAGUGAAGAUGAAAAAGACGACGAUGAAGAUGAAAACGGAGCCAAAGGUGAUGAAGAAGAAGACGAAAACGAUAAUGAAGCUGAUCUUGACGAGGAAGAAGAUGAGGAAGAUAUGGAAGAAGAUGAAGAGAAAGAACGUUCGAACGCUGGAAAAGGUUCUAAGAAGGCUUUGAGCUUCAAAGAAGUGGAAUCUAUCUUGAAAGAACGUGAGAUGAACUAUUCCAAAUUCAGGGAGGAAACUAUUAAGAAGUGGGAAAGUCGAACAAAACUAGUUUCGCCUCACGGAAAGAUAUCCGCAUCUGAUUUCUCAAGUUUCCUCAAAGAAGGCAUUUCGGAACAGAUUAGGAACCUAAUGCGAGACACCGAGAAAGUAGAAAGAAAAUUCCAUGUCAAGCGUGCUGAAGGUGACAGAAUUGGAGGUGAUGAUGAAGCUGAUGUCGACGAGGAAAUCUUUGAUGAUGAUGACUUCAACGAUAUAUUGUUGAAAGAACUAAUUGAUAAGAAAGCGAAAACCGUCAGUGAUCCAGUUGCAAUGACCAGACAUUAUAUUGAAAUGAAGAAGCUUCAAAAUAAGAGACAGAAAAAGCGGCGUCAUGACAGAGGGGUAGUAAAGGAUCGUACCAUCAAGUAUGUGCCUAUACCAGCAUUAUUGAAUUUCCAUCCUGCUCGACCAGAAACAUCUACGUGGUCACAUGAAGCUCGAAACGAGUUAUACAUGUCGCUAUUCAAAUAG